AGCGAACGUGUGGCGUUUCCGUAAAUCGUCAGAGACCGUACGAAGAGAUCGUCGGCAUGGCUCCGAAACGGUUUGAGGUCGUUGUUCUGUCGCCCGUUACAGGAAUGUUUGCUUCGGUCGGACAGAAUCCCGUUGAGUUACCAAGAAUCGAUGCCGGAGCAGUCUUGAAAGGCAAAGUCGUGAUCGAACUCGAAAAGCCGCUCAAUGUGAAAGGAGUAGUCAUCCAGAUACUCGGAGAGUCUUCGGUGCGAUGGACACACGUCGAAAAACGGGUUAGCGGGAAGAGCGUUCCUACGCAGACAUCAACGUUCACAAAUAACGAAGUCUACAUUAACUCAAAGGGCCAGCUGUUCAAAGGUGACGAUAUUGACGGCAAAGAGCUGGAGGUCGGCACCCAUUCCUUCCCGUUUCUUGUUGAGCUGCCUAGCGACCUCCCGCCGAACUUCUCCGACGUACACGGAAGCGUCACCUACCUAUGCAUCGCCACCAUCGAGCUCCAUCUGCUGAGCGACAUCGUCACCGAGAGCACGUUUCUCGUAAGAUCUCGCGACGAGUUCCUCAACAUCGACAAAGUGCCGGAGGCUCAGGUCGGGGCUGAGGAUGGCGAUGCGGAGAUGGUAUGCUGCGGAUGCUGCUCGUCGGGACCGGUGGCACUGCAUAUGCUGAUGAAGGGAGGCGCUGCAGCCGGCGACGAAAUAUACGUGGAUGUUGAUAUCGUUAACGAUAGCUUUCGGCCUGUGACGGAAUGCAAUAUGACACUCUCUAGGGUGUCCCGAUUUCGCACCAAGGGUGGCAAAGUGAAACGAAGUUCGAUCGAUUUGAUCGAGGUAUCUCUUCUGAAAGAAGAGGUCCAUGGCAACCAGUCGGCGGCAUUACGAAAACCUCUGAAAAUUCCUAUCGAUGCAAGACCAAGCGGCUUCUUACGGGCCUGCACUAUCAUCGAAGUCGGCUAUAUGCUUGAGGUGAAAGCAUUAUUUGAAGGAUUCUUUGGUAAGGAUAUUUGGCUUUUUGCACGCGUGCCUGUAAUAGUCGGCUCACCGGCAAACGAACGAGUGCCGCCGGCCCUCAGAAAGAAUAACCACGACAACAACAACGCCGUCGACGACACCGGUGGUGGAAAUACACGAGCGGGACAAAAAACACAAUUUAAUUGAAAAAAGUACCGAGGGUUUUUCGUAAAGCAUACGCACGCCGUGUAAAUGCGUUUAUUCUGCAUCUAUAUAUCGUCGUGCCUUAUCGUAUAUUACAAUAUAGCUUGCGUUUGAUGAGAGCUAAUGAGAGAACGGGAAAAGAGAGAUGGGGGCUAUGGAGCAGAAAGCGAGGAAGGUAGAUAGACAGAUUGAGAGGGUAAGCGCGAAGGAAGAGGUUUAGCCACAUGCACCUUGUGUGAAAUAGCAGUAUACACAAAGUCAAUAAAAGAUUGAAAACAAAUAUAUGUGUCUAUUUUUCAUGUGUGUACUCCUAACGUUUACUGAUAAUUUGCUGCCAGACCGCCUGAUGGAGAGUGUAUCGUUGAGUAAAAAUGAUUGGGUAUUUAUGAAAACUUUUGCAGUAGCUACUCGUCCGAUGGAACGUAUAAGAAACCUCGCUGAUAUUUCAUAGCGGUUUGCGUUUUCUCUAAAUCUGUAUACAAAUAAA